AUGUCUGGAACUAUUCUCGUCACCGGUGGAACAGGUCUGGUUGGAAAGGGGAUUCAGUAUAUCAUCGAGAACGAGCCCGAAGGGAGCCGAUUUGGCAAGAAGGCAGGCGCGAAAUGGGUAUUCCUGGGCAGCAAGGACGGAGACCUCAGGGACUUCGAGGCGACCAAAGCCAUCUUUGAGAAGCAUCAGCCUACCGAGGUUAUCCACUUGGCGGCGCUCGUCGGUGGUCUCUUCAGCAACAUGAAGUACAAGUCGACUUUCCUCCGUGAUAACCUCCUUAUCAACGACAACAUCCUCGAGCUCUCGCAUCGCUUCAAGUGCAAGAAGGUUGUCAGCUGCUUGUCGACCUGUGUCUUCCCCGAUAAGGUGGAAUACCCCCUUACCGAGGAGAAGGUUCAUCUCGGCCCUCCCCACGGCUCCAACUUUGGUUACGCACACGGCAAGCGAUUGGUAGAUGUUCAGAACCACGCCUACAACGACCAGUACGGAGACAUGUUCACCAGCGUGAUCCCUACCAACAUUUUCGGAGAACACGACAACUACGACUUGUCGGACUCGCACGUCAUUCCGGGUCUUGUGCACAAAUGCAUCCUUGCAAAGAAAAACAACACCCCUUUCAUCGUCUCCGGUACCGGCAAACCCCUCCGCCAAUUCGUUUACUCUCGCGACUUGGCCAAGCUCAUGAUCUGGACCCUUUACGAGUACAACGAGAUCGACCCUAUCAUUCUCUCCACUGGCGAGGACGAGGAGAUCAGCAUCAAGGAUGUCGCGGAUGCGAUCGUCAAGGCUGUUGGCUUUGAGGGAGACUAUCAGUUUGAUACAUCCAAGGCGGACGGACAAUACCGCAAGCCCGCGUCAAAUGCCAAGCUUCAAAGACUCACCGGUGGUUUCAAGUUCACCCCUUUCCAGGAGGCUCUGCAGCAGAGUGUCACCUGGUUCAUGGAGAACUACGAUUCCGCGCGUACUGGGGGUAACGGCAAGCUGAACAAUGUGGAGACCAAGCAGUGA